AUGAUUAAUCAUACAAAACAUCUAUACGGGGGUUCUAUAGCGUGCAGAAUCCCACCAAGUUUUCAGGAUUUAAGUGACCUUUUGCCCGUUCCGGACCAUCAAGAAGUCUUCAUACACUAUAGAAGCGGCGUAGAAAAGCACACGAAUCCAGUUGCUUUAGAAACAUCUGACUACCUUCUUUCAUUUGAAAUACUGGAGUAUGAAGAAACGGAAGAUGAUGAAACCCGAGCAAGGUACCUGUUCCACGAGUUGGCAUGUUGGAACGAAGCUGCCCACAGCACUAUAAUUACACACGAAACAUCGAAAGCACCUGGUUCAGUAGGAGUCGAAAAAUGCAAAGCAGUCUUACUCGUAGGAACCAUGGAUGUAACAAAGGACAGGAGAGUGCCGCAAGAGGUUAUGCGGCGCCUUUCGGUUUUCCUUUACGUAUUACGCUUACGCGAGUACCAGUGCGACAUUUUGGUAUCAUACAAUUUCCCCCUAGAUGAUACCGACAUUGAGUGUGAUACGCAAUUGGAAAUGUUCAAGGAUAUCACACACAGCAUACAAAUUAUUGAUGAUAAAUUGUUUAUUCACAGGCCAUUGUGA